CUCGUACGCACCCCGUUCUCUUUUCCUUGAUUUCGCCCUUGCCCAUGCCCUUGCCCUAGCUUCGGUUGUCAACAUGCAUUGGCUCGUGUGUUCCUGCAUGGACUGCAGCACUACUGUACUGCGUAGGUAGUGCAGCGCAGUACAGACAGUACAUACGAUGGCACAAUAUGGUUCAGUAUGGGUAGGUAGGGAGUGGAAGUUGUUGAACACAAGAUGAUGUAUUGCAAUGAAUGGUUGGAUGAAGGUUGAGAGAGUCAGUGGAAGAGUUAACAAUUGACAAUCAUAAUCAUCAUCAUCGAUUGUGGUUGUCGAUGUCGUUGUCAUCGUCUCUCCAACCGAAUCCGGCCUUGCUGCUCCUUGGUGGUUCCUUCCUUCCCUUCCCUUCUCUGUACCUGCAGCCACGAGGUCUCACAGACGCAACCUCCCCCCUACCUCUUCUCUCUCCUCAUCCUCCUUCACUCCUACACUGUCACUGUCACUGUCUUGUAUUACCGUAUCUUUUUUUCUUCAUUGUCUUCAUUGCUUCAUUGCCCUCAUGUCCUAAUCCUCUCCCAUCUCAGGUCUCAACCACCGUCACCUGCAUCCUUCGACGACACCUCGGCCAAACUCAACCCUCUCCACCCGCCCCGUAUACCUCCCGCGACCACACACUACACCACCGCCCGUCCUCGCCGUCUAUCGCUCUAAAUAAUUCCACAUAACUCUACAUGGUCUUGAAGGAGGAGAUACUGUCUCACUUGGUCUGCUAUGAGUCUGGAUCAGCAUAUAUAUGGGUAGGAUAAUUUCGUCUCUUCUCUUUCCAUGAGUUUGGGUGGUGAACAGGGGACGGGAGCUAGGUAUCUCUCCACCUACAAGUACUUGUACCUGUGGGUCAAC